AUGUGGGGUUAUCUUACCAGCGAUAAGCAGCUUUUGGUGGGGUGCGACAGGUCGGGCAACGCGUCGUCGCGAAAGUUUCAGGGCCGGGGCGAUGAGACGCCCAGGGACCGGUCGCAGCGGGAUGCGACACCCAUCGACAUGCAAGAAGACCCGGACAACUUUGCGCUAGAUCGCGACUGGUAUGCGGGCGAUGACGGCGGCGGCCAUCCGCUCGGGGACGAGUUCUACAACCCCUUUGGCUCAUACGACGAGUCGUCAACCGGUCUCGGCAAUUCGCGAUCCUCAGGGCCACAUGGCGGUCGCGAGCAAGAAGGAAGCAAGGUGGUCAAGGACGCGAGGCAGCAGAGGGAACGAGCGCGACAGGCGCAGCAAGCGACGAGCAUGGCGGGCACCAUGCUCGGAAAAGUCAUGGGCGUCCGAGACGAGGAUGACGAUGCCGACAACGCACUCGUGGGCGGGGAGGACCAGAACGGCGGCGGCAAGAAGGUGAGGCCGAGCCUUAAGCCCAAGGACGACCAGGGGAAGAGCGGCGGGGCCAGCAAUUUCAGCCAGACCAAGUCGCUGAGGGAGCAGCGGGAGUUUCUGCCGGCCUUUUCCGUGCGGGAGGAACUGUUACGGGUCAUACGCGAAAACCAGGUCGUCAUCGUGGUGGGAGAGACGGGCUCCGGCAAGACGACGCAACUCACGCAGUAUCUCUAUGAGGAAGGCUACGGUCAACACGGCAUCAUUGGGUGUACUCAGCCCAGGCGUGUGGCUGCCAUGAGCGUCGCCAAACGUGUGGCGGAGGAGAUGGAGGUGCCCCUGGGCUCCAUCGUCGGCUACUCGAUCCGCUUUGAGGAUUACACGAGCAAAGAGACGAUUAUCAAGUAUUUGACGGACGGCAUCUUGCUGCGAGAAUCAAUGGCCGACUCCCAGCUGGACAAGUACUCGUGCAUCAUCAUGGACGAAGCGCACGAAAGAGCGCUCAACACCGAUAUCCUCCUAGGCUUGUUCAAAAAGAUUCUCCAGCGCCGGCGCGACUUGAAGCUGAUUGUCACAACGUUCCCGGUCGACAUCAUGUUCCACAAGUCGGCUGUCGAAGACUACGUCGAUCAAGCCGUGCAGCAGGUACUCGGCAUCCACGUGUCGCAAGACAGCGGCGAUAUCCUCGUCUUUAUGACGGGACAGGAGGAUAUCGAGGUGACGUGCGAGCUCGUGCAGAAGCGCCUGGAUGCGCUGAAUGACCCUCCAAAUUUGACGGUCGACGGCAUCAAGUACGUCGUGGAUGCGGGCUUCUCCAAGCUUAAAGUGUACAAUCCGAAAAUCGGCAUGGACACGCUCCAAAUCACGCCCAUCUCGCAGGCCAACGCGUCGCAGAGAGCGGGCCGAGCAGGGCGAACCGGGCCGGGUAAGGCGUACCACUUGUUUACGGAAAAGUCGUUCAAAGAGGAGCUAUACAUACAGACCAUUCCCGAGAUUCAGAGGACGAAUCUUGCCAAUACGGUCCUUCAGCUCAAGGCCCUCGGUGUCAAGGAUCUCUUGGACUUUGACUUUAUGGACCCGCCCCCGCAGGAUACCAUGACAACGUCCAUGUACGACCUAUGGGCGCUCGGGGCCUUGGAUAACUUGGGCGAUCUCACAGAGCUCGGGCGAAAGAUGAGCAUGUUCCCGAUGGAGCCUUCCCUGUCGAAGCUGCUCAUCACGUCGCUUGAGUACGGCUGCAGCGAGGAAAUGAUUACCAUCGUGUCCAUGCUCUCGGUCCCCAACGUCUUUUACAGGCCAAAGGAAAGGCAAGAGGAAGCGGACGUGCAGCGUGAAAAGUUUUGGGUGCACGAAUCCGACCAUCUCACGUUCUUGCAGGUCUACUCGGCGUGGAAGUCGAACAAAUUCUCGGAUGGAUGGUGCACGCGGCACUUUUUGCAUUCCAAAUCCCUGCGCAAGGCCAAGGAGGUCCGGGAGCAGCUCGUCGAUAUCAUGAAUGCGCAAAAGAUGGCGCUCACGAGCUGCGGCACGGAUUGGGACAUUAUCAGGAAGUGCAUCUGCUCGGGCUACUACCACCAGGCGGCCAAGUACAGGGGCUCCGGAGAGUACAUGAACUUGCGCACCAACGUGGCGGUGCAACUGCAUCCGACCAGCUCGCUCUACGCGAGCCACCCGCCAGAUUACAUCGUCUACCACGAGCUGAUUCUCACGGCCAAGGUGUACGUCUCCACGGUGACGGCAGUGGACCCGCACUGGCUGGCGGACCUGGGUGGCGUAUUCUACUCGGUCAAGGAGAAGGGCUACUCGGUAACGCAGAAGAAGAUGAUUGAGACGGAGUUCAACAGGAGGAUGGAGAUUGAGGCCAAGAUGGCCGAGGAUAAGAAGCGCGCCGAGGAGGAGGAGGAAGAGCGGGAGCAGCGCUUGGGAGAUAAGCGGUGGCUCGAAGACACGGGCGCGGGGCCGAGCAAGAAGGCGUCCAAGGCGGGCGCGGGGGCCGGCGGUGGUGAGGACAGGAAGAUUGUGCAGCGGGGCGCGGUGCGCAAGGUUGUGAGGAAGAAGGGCGGUUUCAGACCGUACUGA